AUGCAUAACACACAACUCGGACGGAAUCCUUUCUACGAUACAAAUAACGUGGCACCUCAGAAACAGACGAACGACGUCUUCUCCGGUAUGAAUCUCUCUAUGCAAGCUUUCAAUGCAGCACCAACUCCCAUCAAAGAAGAGCAGCUAAACCAAUUCAACAUGAGCUCAUGUUUCAACUAUUCCGGUCUCAAACUUCCCGCUUGCCAUCCGGGAACAUUUUCACAGCCUGGUGAGUUCCCAUUCAUGUCUAUAAUUCGUCAUCACUGUUUUCGUAUAGCGUCGUUUAUGGUUACGAUUGAUUAG